GGCUGUGCUGAAGCAGCGGGGCAGGCAGCGCCAGCACCAUGGGCGGCCGGGCGCGUCUCUUCGCGGCGGCGGUGGUUGGGUUGAUCAUCCAGGGAGCCCUGGUUAAGGAGGCCAAUGGUGAAGGAGCCAAGACCAUAAGCGUGCACAUGAGAAACACCCACUUGGUCCUGAGGUGCCCGGAGGAGCAUGCAUCAUGGGAGAAAGAUAGCAAGCAGAUUGUUGAAAAUGUGACGGAAUAUGACCUCGGCCCGACUGCGCACGACCCGAGAGGAGUCUACGCGUGUUCUACAGGCAGCAAAAAGCACACCAUGAAAGUGCAUGUCCGAAUGUGCCAGAACUGCAUCGAGCUGGAUGUAGCCACCAUCUCCGGCAUUGUGAUUGCCGACAUCAUCGCCACCGUCUUCCUGGCAAUUGCCGUGUACUGCAUCACUGGCCAGGAGAGGGGCCACCUGUCUCGAGCCUCAGACAGACAGAACCUGAUCGCAAACGAACAGCUCUACCAGCCCCUGGGUGAGCGGGACGACGGCCACUACAGCCGCCUUGGCGUCACCAGGACCCGCAAGUGAGCAGUCGCGUACUGGGGCCGAUUGAUUCCUCCGCAUAGGCCAGAGCCACAGCAGGGUCCCACUGCCCUCAGCCCAGCCCACAAAGCUUUCCUGUAGCCGGAGUCCACAGCCACAGGCUCCAUGUCAGCCCGGCUCAUAAAGAAGAGGUCUCUACCAGCAGGAGAUGCUUGUAGCGCUGCCUGUCCUGUUGCAACCCAGUUCAUCAAUAAAGAAGCUUUGCUUUGGCUGCUGAGAACAGGU